ACGAAAACUAUAGUUACCUAGUUGCCAGGACAACGUUGUUACGUUUAGUUACGUUUAGCUAAAAUUGUGUUUAUGGAACGCUAAAUUUAUUUAUUGUAUCGUUUUUUCCACGAUUUACAACGCCGAGAUGAUGUACUUAAAGCGAUGAAUAUAAAGACGGAGGAAUACACGAGUACAUGUGAUAAUGACGACUGUCCCCUUGUGGGCUCUCUCCCUUCCACUCCCUGCCAUAAUCCUGGUCUCCGUUGGACUCUAUAUGCUGUUUCUUGCCGGGGUCUUAUGGUGCCAUCACUGUCUCAAGACCCAGUGUGAUCCUCAGUGUACAGACUGUUGCCCGAGCAUGUCUCCUUUUGAGUACUGUCACAUGUGUGCUCAGUCAUGUGACUGCCGCCCGCCAUCUCUCCACAUGUGCCUUGACCAAUCCUGUCCUUCUUCUAAUUGUGCCAUGUGGGACUGCACAUGCAACCCUCAGCCACCUCAGUGUGACUCCAUCAACUGCUUAUGCUGUGAGAUCAAGUUCAAAUAGAGACAGAUUUGUAACACCAUGUGAGUCCAGAACAUCCAAAAGGUUUCCAUAUAAGAGUCUAGAGCUGCGAGUGUGCUCACGUGUUCAGAAGUGCAUUUAAUUUUUUUAAUUUUUCUCCAUAUUAAUUUCACAUUUAGUUAAACACAUUUCUUGAAUGCCUUUAUGUUUUAUGUUUACUGUUUACUUCCGCUGCUAACGUGCAAAGUACAUGCUUUCUGAAGAUCAUAAACCUAGCAAAGCCAUUUUUCAAUGUUUACCAAUAGCUAAUAAAUGUGAUCUGUUACUAAAUUUCCAACUGUUUAUACCAGCAUUAAAUAAAAACUGGCAUCAUGGUCUUUCUUUUCUGUAAUCUUUUAAAAAUUUGUCCAUGUGAUUGAGAAAUAAUAAGCA